AUGGAGAAAGGAACAGAGGAAUCAGGAACCCUAGCCCCACUUAUCUUGCUCCAUUCAUCAUGGAUAGAGGGACAAGUGGAUGAACCAGGACCCAUUUUCAACCGAUCCCUCCAUCCGGCCAAAUGCUACCUGAGCCGAUCUAAGGCAGCUAAGGAGUAA